GCGACGACGGCACGCCCCACAGCGAGCUCUUCCCAAGCGUCCACGAGGGCGAGCUCGCCGAUAUCAGCAGCGACAUCUCAAACGCGAUGAACUCGGCAUUGGAGGUCCAGAAGAUGCGCAGGUCCCAGCCGAUAGCCUUCGGUAAGAAGUCACCGGUGCUCACCGUGCACCGUAACGUGGGUACUCACUCUGCUGGUGGUAUUCUGGCAUGUUCUUGUGCAGGCUCGCCUGAUUCUGGAGGAGGUAUUGCCAUCCAGGCUCCGAGUCGAACCGGCGGCGCACGCCAGAGCUACUCUGUUUCCCCAGCACACAUGGACUCGUCCAUCAUCCGCAGCUUCGAGGAGCAGGGGGUGCACGUCCCACGCGGCGGCAUGAUCAUCAACCACGACGAGGACGAUGGAGAGGGCGAUGUGGACGAGAGCGAGGGGCGAGACAGGGACGGCUACUCAGAUGAUGGAGAGGAUGAAGGUGGCGGCGACCAAGAUGAGGACGGACAUAUGCAUGACGACGACGACGACGACGACGACAACGAUGACGGUGAAGGCGAUGACGGUGAAGAAGGUGACGAUGACGACGACGAUGAAGGCAGUUCCCGCGCAACGUAUUUGGCCGAGGCCAUGGACGCCGAUCUGAACAUACACAACUACGGAUCUUCCAAGAAAAGACAGACCAUCCCGAAAUCCACGGAGCUAUAGCUGCACCUGCUGAGCGAUAGCCGCCAUCGCUGCUGUUAUCGGCAGCCCAAUCAGGGCCGCCUCGCUGCGAACACGCCUGGUCGAUUUCUGUGGGUGGAUACCGAUUCGGAACCAAGCGGGAUUGUCGCGGUGUUGUUCUGCGAUGCAAUGGCAUGGUGAUUCUGCGUUUGCUCUUGGACGAGCGGCCUAGUAACUGCACCGUCCCCAUCGCCAUUGCGAGGUGGUCGAAGGCUGGCACCACCCGCACCAUGCAUUCCAUGCAUUCCAUCUGCACCAUGUAUUCCCAGAACACGGCAGAGGAUUCAAUAUUGCC